AUGGAUGCCAAGCGAAUUUUUGGUUUUUUAUUGAUGGUUGUGGUGUUAUUGAGCAUUGCUAAUGCUGACACAAUAAGCUUAACCGCACCUGCUAACGACUCUUCCGUAAAACAAGGCUCGACAACAGCGAUCACAGUGCAAAUUAAAAGGGAAGGAAUGAUCUCAUUCAACCAAGCCACCGUAACAGUCGUCGAUACAGAUACCCAACAAGCAAUCGAAACGGUGCUCACAGCGACAAGCAGCGAUCUUGACCCAAAGAAGAAUAAAAAUUCUCUAACCAAAAAUUGGGUUGUCGACCCUGCCAAGUACGAAGCCGGUAAAAGUUAUACGAUUACAUUGACCGGUGAAGGAACCUAUUACAAUCCUAAGGAUGAUACGAAGGAAAACGUUGCAUUGACAGGAGAUACAGUUGAUGUCACUGUUACUGCAUAA